GAAAAGUUUAGUUCAUGUGGGCCAAGAGACACAGCAGAAAGGUUGAGGAGAAUUUCAAAGCAGGGUUGGAUUAAAAAAGGUAAAGAUUUUAAGGAGGUACAAUCACGGACCAGGCCUAAACCCAUCUGCGAAGCUUCAGCAUGCCUUCAAAAUCUAAUCUACCUGAGCGUCAGCUGUUCUACAAAGAAAAAUUAUAUUUUUCUUCCAUCUGGAUAUACAUAAAAACCCUGCAGCUACCAGAGCAGCAAAAUUACUAAUCCAUGCUACCCUUUAAUAUUUUUAGGUUUAAAACCUCUUUAAAACUAUUUAUCAGGAUACUUUGCAGUAAUGCACUACUUUUUACUGAUCCAACUAGACGUGUUUAGGUGUAAAAAACCCAGAAUGAGUUCCAACUUCUCAACACUAACUGUCAGAUAAUAAAAGCAAUAUGCUUAUUCAUGUGUUUUGUGAUGCUAAGUGGCUAAGUCCACCUUAUUAUAGCUGUAUUUACAUAUCUUUAUGGGUCAUUUGACAUAUGAGAACCUGCUCGAUGAUUACCCCAAAAGCAGCAAUAACCCUCCACAAUAAAAGGUGUAAAGUAAUAAAGGCUCCUAAAAGAUGAAGCAUUAACCAUAACAGUGAUAGCACGCUAGGCCGCCAUCCCUCUUUAGCAGGGGCAAAGGUCAAGCUUUAUCAGAUCACGUAAAUCAAGGCUUUGCAAAGGAAAGUAACAAACAAGCGUUUCCUUCAACUAAGACGCAAUGAUGAACGUGGUGGGUUUCUUAUUUGUGCCGUUGCUCCUAGCGCCGGGGGUAUUAACGCUGGAGAGAGCGGAGCAUGACUACUACAAGUACCAUCCAAUGGAGAAGAUCAGCACCUGGAUGACUCAGAUGGAGAAGGAUCACCCCGAUGUGGUGACCAUAGUGGAUUAUGGGAAGACUUACGAGAACAGGACUAUAAGCUUGCUGAGGAUUGGUCUUAAAUCUGAAGCCAAAAAAAAGGCCAUCUGGAUGGACUGUGGAAUUCACGCUAGAGAGUGGAUCGCUCCGGCCUUCUGUCAGUACUUUGUCAGACAGAUUCUCCAGACAUACAAAACAGAUGCUAAAAUGGAAGCAAUGAUGACGAACAUGGACUUCUACGUCACGCCGGUGCUCAACAUAGAUGGCUACAUGUAUUCCUGGAAGGACAUCUCAACCCGACUGUGGAGGAAGAACAGGUCACCAGGACCUUCAGGCGGCUGCUACGGCACCGAUCUCAACCGCAACUUUGAUGCCAACUGGGGCACCGUUGGGGUGUCGUCUGACUGCUCCUCCAACAUCUACUGUGGGAGAGGGCCCAUCUCAGAGCCCGAAGCCCAGGCCGUAACUUACUUUGUUGGAAGCCGAAAGGAAGACUUCCUGUGUUUCCUCACCAUCCACUCCUACGGCCAGCUGCUCCUGGUUCCCUACGGACACCCCAACUUCACCGCCCCCAACUAUGAGGAGCUGAUGAAUGUGGGAAAGGGAGCAGCUGAAGCCAUUUGGAAAGUCCAUGGGAAAAACUACACAGUAGGAACCUCCCCGGAUGUAUUAUAUGCCAACUCUGGUUCAUCCAGAGACUGGGCUCGAAUGCAGGACAUCCCCCUGACCUUCACCUUUGAGCUGAGAGAUAACGGAACGUACGGCUUUGAACUCCCCGAGGACCAGAUCCAGCCGACCUGCGAGGAGGCCUACCAUGGGGCUCUGCACAUCAUCACCUACGCCCAUGACAAGACCUUUAGCGGUGCGGCAGCCGCUGCUGCAGCAACCCUUUGGACCAUGCUGUUAGCGGUGGGGGUCUCCGGGGCCAACCUGCUGUGAGGAGAAAAGCUGCUCUCAAACUAUAAAUAGAAGGAGUUUCUUAUAUUUGAGCAGAA